AUGAAAGGGCAGAAAGAAAAGCCGUUGAUCAUGGACAAACCAGUUAAACUCGCAAGGGUGACGAAGAUUAUUGGACGUACCGGUUCUCAGGGCCAGUGUACUCAGGUACGCGUAGAGUUUAUGGAUGACAACGGAAACCGAUCCAUCAUUCGAAACGUGAAGGGGCCUGUCCGUGAAGGAGAUAUCUUGACUUUGUUGGAGGCCGAAAGAGAAGCGCGAAGACUUCGUUGA